AAAUUGAAAAAAAUGAGCUCAGAAGGAGAUGAAAACACAGUUGUGUGCUUGCCAGGAGAACGCUUGUGCCGAGUAGAAGACAAUGUUGUUUUGGGCAUAGGCACAUACGAACAGAACGGCUACAUCUACGCCUCCAAAUCGGGGGUCGUGAACAUUGAAGAAUCUGGAGAAAACUGUCAGGUUGUAAGUGUUCACAAGCCAGGCUUCCACCUGACCAUUCCGGCCACCGGGGACGUCGUCACAGCCCGUGUUCUGGUCACAACACCAAAGUUCGCCAAGUGUGCCAUAUUCUGCGUGCGAAACGUCUUGCUGGAGAGCAGCUAUCGCGGGCUGCUGCGGAAGGAGGACGUGCGGGAAACGGAAAAGGAUCGUGUCGACAUAUACAAGUCGUUCAAGCCUGGCGAUGUGAUACUGGCCCGCGUCAUCAAUCAAAUGGAACAAUCAUUUCUCAUAACUACUGCCGAAACAGAGCUCGGUGUGGUCGUAGCCUAUGCCAGCGAUGCCCGUAAAACCCGAGUGCCUAUGGUACCGGUGGGCUGGAGCGAGAUGCAGUGUCCACUGACUACCAUUAAGGAGCCUCGCAAAGUGGCAAAAGUCCUGCCUGAAAGUUCAAUAAAUAUAAUCAAAUGAUGCCCAGUAAUUUAUGUAACUUAUCUAAAAAAAAGUCAUUAAUAAUUCUCGGUUAGUCACUAA